GCUUCUUUCUUCGACCGCAUCCGUAAUGAUCAUGUCUUCCAGAAGGUUAUGCGCGUGAUCCAGUUCCUGUCCGCCAUCAUGUAAGCAAACGGCGCGUCUGAAAACAUGAAAAUCUCUUGCUAAUUGCUCCAGCUCUCUCGGACUGUUCUCGUCCCGCAUGUACAAGGUCUAUCGCCUCGUCCGCAGCGUGCGCAACUCAUCCGGUGCUGUCGAGGGUAUCCUCGCUGCUGCAACCCUCUACACCAUUAUCACUCUCCUUAUCAAUCUCUGCUUGAAGAGAGGAGCACCAAAAUUCCUGCGCUGGUUGUUGAUCUUCCUUGAUCUGGUGUUUGUCGUCGGUUUCAUCGUCGUGGCUGUCUUGACCAGACCCCAUGGAGGUCUCAGCAGCCUUUGCGCCACUUCGAGACAGAGAAACGAUCCCAACAACCGCGACAACGCUCUGUGCAAACUGCCACUCGCAACCUUCGGUCUGGCCAUCUUCAGCACUAUCCUCCACUUCAUCACCGCCGUCUUCCACGAGGCCCGCGACCACCACAGAAACAAGAGAGCCUCCCAGUCCGCCGAGGAAGAGAUGAAGCGCUCUCAGGAUGGCCUGCGCAACUAGGUCAGCCUCUCAAACAUCACUCUUCGAAGGACGCGCUUCGGGAUGUUCUGGAGCACUUUCCCGAGCCAGGGGUUUUGCGCUUUCGCGGU